AUGGUGGUUGGUGGGCAAACGGGAAGCUCAGGUAAAGGAAACCAGACUGGGGGAGGAGGGGACGAGGUCAGUGGUGGGCUAUCGAGUGGAGGGGGCGGAGGGAGUGGAGGGGGCGGAGGCGGGGCAGCAGGGUCUGGAGGCCAAGCGGCAGGCGGAGGAGUGGCUGGGUCUGGCCUGUCGCUGGAGCAGCAGGCUACGAUUGCUGAAGUGAACAAGACUUUGGGUUUUCUGUAUGAGCGGAAAUUCACAGGAGCUGCAAUGGGGAUCAGCAGGAGUGGUUUGAACGAGACGCUGAUGAAUACACUGCUUACAAGCAACGUUACCAUCUUUGCACCAACCAACGGGGCGUUCUUCCGCAUGCCCAAGAAUGUGCGCUUUGGAGGGCUGCAAAGGAAGAGGAGAGUUCUCUGGCAGGUGAUGGCCUAUCACGUGCUGCCACGUCGGAUGGAAUUGAACGACCUCAAGACCCUUAUGAAUGGAUCCCUGAUGGAAACACUUGAUAUCUUUCCACUCAAGAAAACCCAAACAAACAACCAGUUGUGUAUCGCCAGGGCUGAAGACUCCUGGGGCGCAAGAGUUCUCAUCGGAAACAUGUACUCGAGUCCAUCAAUUGUUGUCCAUGCGGUGGAUACUGUGCUGCUUCCAGCCAGGGUCAAGAACAGCGGCACCUGA